AGAAAGUGCAUUGUGAAGAAAAAAAGUUGUAGAGAAAUAUUUUAAAAUUCAUUAAAAAACAACUGCAUUUGUCAAUAAAAAAUUGUCUCCUUUGGUUUAAAAAAUUAGUUUAUUAUUUUGGAAUAUAUUACUCCAAUAUUUUUUAUUAUUAUAAAGAUGAACAUGGAUGAUCAAAAUUGGAUUGGCCAAGCAGUCUCAAUUCAAUGUGAUGGUUCUUUAGGUGUUUUCCAGGGUACUAUAAAAGAUAUAUCAAUGGAGCAAAUAACUAUUGUCCGCGCUUUUAGAAAUGGUGUGCCCUUACGAAAACAAGAUGCUGAAGUUACAUUAAGUGCAUCGGAUAUACGAAAAAUUGAGCUUAUUCCGACCUAUAAUGCGCCCAGUACCGUUGCACCUACAGUAAUUAAUAAACCGACUCCCGUUAAACAACCUAAUUUCGGAGCCAUUAGCAAGAAAAGCCAGGAAAGUAUUCUGGCUAAUAAAGUUUCCAAUAUGAAAUUAACAAAUGGGCAGAAAAGAUCACCAACCUUUGAAAAAAGUUAUAAACAACCACCGAAUGGUACAUCUCAACCAUCUUUUUCACAACAACCAACACAAAAUUCUACUGAAGUAUCAUCCUCAUCUUUGCCAAUAAUAAAUAACAUUAGAUCUAAUAAUAAGCAAAUUCCAUCAGUAUCAAGUUCAAGUGUAGCGAAAUUUUUUGGUAAUAUGAUUCCUAGUAAAGUAGAAGUUAAAAUGGGCGCCACAUUGACUAGCAAUUUAAAUGAUCAAUUGUCAUGUCCAACCAAUUCAAUGAGUGAUCGUAAUUUAAGUAAACCAAUAGAAAUAACGGCUGGCAAACCGUUACCUACUAAUAAUUCAAUUUCUACCACUCCAAUGAAAAAUAGUGUUUCGGAUCGAAAAGUAAAUAAAUCUCAGAGAAGGCAAGAUGUCAAUAGUCAAACUUUUGGUACCCCAGUAGAUGACCCUAUAAUGGACGAAGAAUUUGAUUUUGAAGGUAAUUUAGCGCUUUUUGAUAAACAAGCUAUAUGGGAUACGAUAGAAGCUGGGCAAAAGCCCGACUUAGUAAGGCAAGCAGUUUCAGCGCAACGUAAUAAAAAAUAUCGGCAUGAUGAAAACAUUUUAACUCCUGAACCUAUUCAAUUUAGGCAAAUACAAUCCCAUCCACAGGACUCAAAUUCGACUGAUUUUGUUACCGAUGAAGGUUUAAUCAUUCCUACAAUACCAUUAGCCGUGCGUAAUAAAAUUCAAGAUGUUGCUGAAAGAAAUGGUUUAACUCGGGAACGGCAAAUGGAUAUUAUGGCCAGAGGAAUAGCGGAUUUAGCAAUUUUAUUAUUAGGUGGGGCUCGUCGUUUGACUCCAAACAACCGCCAUCAAUGGCCAAAAAUCACUAUUAUUUCGGAUAAACCACAGAAUGAUAGGCUAAGUGAAAUAGCAGCGACUACUGGUAGACAGUUAGCGUCACAUGGUUUAAAAGUUUGCAUUUAUAUUAAGGAUCAAAAGCCAGAAAAUUCGAAUGUAGAAGUAGAAUUAUUCAAAGCAACUGAUAAUUCCGUCGUUAGUUCGGUUUCUGAACUACCAUCAUCUGAUCUUGUUAUCCUGUCUGUAAGUUCCAAUAGCUUAUUUCCUCCUGUUAAACGUUGGAUAGGGGAUAAUAGAUCUGUUAUACUAGCUAUUGAUCCACCAGUUCAUGGUUUACUUGAUGUUAAUAUUAAAGCAUCAAUUUUACCAAUUUUGCCAUUAAAUAGUAUAUCUAUGGCCUGCGGUAAAUUGUAUUUGUGUAAUUUAGGAAUUCCUGACAAAUUUUAUCGCGACGCUGGUAUUAAGUACAAAAGUCCAUUUGGACAUAAAUUUGUGAUACCAAUUCACACAAAUAAUGACUGAAAAUUAUAAAAUAAGGUUUUUAAUUAACGAAAAAUGUAGAAGUAUUUAAUGUUGUAAAUUGAGGCCUUUGUAGAAGGCAGUUAAAAUAUCAUUUUUAUAAAUGUGUACAUCUAAAAAUUCUUUUUUUUUCUUUGCUUUGAUUUUACCUUUAUAGUUUCUUGUGCUGUUUAAAGCAGACCAUUAUAAGUACAAUAUUGCAGUCUUAUUGAUUUUCAAAAAUUUUAAAACAAUCUACAUUUUUAUGGACAUUAUAUUUUAAAAAAAUUAUUUUGGCUG